GAGAUUUCCUUCCUAGAAUAGCUAUAAGUUUAAUGAUUUAUACAUAUUGCACACUCUUUUAUAACCACAAAAAAGGGUUUUAAAACUAAAAGAAUAUAACAAUCAUAUUUAGAGGAUUUUAAAAUAAAAGAAAGAUUGUAUUUGAAAAAUAAAAUAAUGAUAGUAAGGAAAACAUUAAAUAAAGUGAAAAGAAAUAAAUUUAAUGUUGAUUUAUGGAAAGACGAAACCACAAGAGACAUUGAUACCAAUUGGAUGUCUUCGGAUACAAUCAGGCAUACAUUAACACAUUUUGGAGUAAAGAAAAAGAGAAUACCUAUUUCUUUGCGCAAAAAGCCAUCUAAUAUACCGGCAGUUGAGCCACCACAUCCAGGAAUGUCUUAUAAUCCUUCGUUUGAUGAUCAUCAAAAUUUAUUACAUGAAGUGGCACAAAAGGAAAUAGAACUUAUAAAAGAAGAAGAACAUCUUAAUAGAGUUACUACAAAAAUGUUCAGAAAGGUUUCACCCGAAGAAAAAGAGAAUAACUUGAUAAAAGAAAUGUCAGAGGGUCUAAAAUCAGAAAAUGAUAAAGAUCCUAAUGAAGAUGAGGAUGAUAACCCAACAGUAAGGUUUGUAAAUCCAGUUGUUAGAGAUCACAAGAAAACACGUGUGCAAAGGCGCAAACAAAAAGAACAGAAAGACUUGGCACAUAGAAAAAGACAGGAAAAGGUAGAAAGAAAAAAAAACUCAGAUAUAUAUAAAUUGAAACUAUUAAACAGUCAAUUGGCUGCUAAAGAAAGGAAACAAAAAAUAUUAAGAGAAAAGAGGUUAAAGAAGAAAGCACUUAAAGCAGCAGGUACUAAAACUCUUAGUAAAGUUAAAUUUGAACCCUUAGAACCUGAUUUUAAAUUAUCUAAUGAAUUAACUGGGAACUUACGAAAUACUGAGCCAGCUAAUAGUCUGUUGAAAGACAGAUUCAAGUCUCUUCAAAAAAGAAAUAUUGUUGCUCCUGCUAAUAUUAAAUUGAAACGAGACAAAGCUAGAGUGAAACGCUUUAUGAAACCAGAUCAUAAAAUUGAUAUGACAAAAUUGACAUAAAAUGGUUUAAACAUUUAAAUGAAGUUAUAAUUUGCGUAAAAUUAUGUAUAUAAAUAAAAGCUAAGUAAUAAUUGCUGUUUAUGUACAAUAUUAAUAAAUAGAAAACAUUUUUUU